GAUUGUAAUAUCUUUUGAAUGAGUUAUCGACAUUGCAAUGGUUUGAAACGUGGGCUUUUAUUUUGAAGGUUUUAAUUAUUACUAUACGAAAGUGAUGUCAUUAUUUGUGCUCCUGGUAGUAGGUGAGCACGAAUGAUUUAUGUAUAAUUGGUGCGCAUCCAAACAAGCCAGUCCAACAUGGCGUCGUUGUCUUCACCUCUACGCAUUUGCCGGGGUAUCCUGAGGGAGAUACGAGCGAUUAAAGGACCGGAAUACAAACAAUCUUUGGCAUACAAUUAUGUUUUAGAUCAAUUCCGUAAAAACCAGAUCACUGGGGAGAGAUAUUGUCGUGCUCAGGAGGAGGCCCUCCAUGCUUCGCACAGCUACCUCUGUCUGCUCACCUCCACCCGGCAACACAUUGCUCUCUACGACAUGUACCAUGGGAAAGGGCAGCGUGACACAGAGGAGAUGGCAGGAAUUGUGGGGCUCAGGCUGCCCACCCAGCCUGGAGGGAAGGGCUGGGAGAAGUGAGAGAAGGGAUGGGAGAAGACUCUCGUACAACAUCAGAGGGUUGUAAUCAUCACGCUGGACCUAAUGCUAUUUUGCUCUUUUACAAAACAGAGGAAGAGAUGAAGGCUGCAACGAACAAGGACUGUGAAUUGUGAUUAUACAAGGGAGGAUCUAAUAGCUUUGAAAUAUGUGAUUCCCAGCUUUCCCCAUCACUUUGUCUGUCUUGAGACAAUGGCUGUAAUUUAAAAUCUUUGUAAAUACAAUGGGACAAAUUCUGCCAAUUAAAGUAUUAAUCACUUUUAUCGGGUCACCAUGACAUCGCACUUUUCUUGCAAUGUGUAUGUGUAUGCUGCUUAAUUAUCUGCUAAUAAAACAUAACCAAUUAAAUAAUGA